UCUAGCAAAGACAGGUGGUGGUCCACCACUCAAAAUAUCGGAAGCUUCAGAAGAAAUGGUCUUGGCAUCAUCACUGAUGGGGGCAGAAUUGUCAAUGGCUGAUAACAUUUACGAGGCCUUCAGUAAACCAGUACAUGAAGCAAAUAAUACCUUAGAAAAUGUGCAGCUAGUAUUUGCCGAGGUGCUCGAGCAACCCAGUGCUCGUGGCAUGCGGAAGACUUCUGCAAGUGUACCUUCUGCUUCACUUACUCAGUCCUAUGAUCCACUUGUUUUACCUGGUCCAAUCCCAGGGCCAUCAUCUGUGUCUUCUGCACAAUUUACUGAAGUUUCAUCUACUGUUUAUCGACCUCUAUUUUCACCCUCUGUUCCUGUCUCACAAGUCAAUGUUCCUGCCUCACCAGUCAUUGCUCCUGCCUCACCAAACAUUGCUCCUGCCUCGGCAGUCAAUGCCCCUGACUCACUAUCGAGUGAUAUUGCCUCACCCCCUCCUGCUCAUGCUUCCAACCAACACCUUUAUUCAGUGUCCAGGGCAUCUGGUUCUCGGCCAAGGAGCAAACCAAGGCGAACUCGGAGGGUGACAAGUAUCUAUGAAAUGUGUAAUAAAAGACAAGAAGAGUUACAUAAAUCUAAGUUGUACAGAUUGAAUAGGGAGCAUGAGGAGGAAAUGAAACUGAAAAAAAAAAUGAUGUUAACACAAAAACUACAACAAACUGCAAUUGCAUGGAUUGAAAAGACACAUGAAAAAUUGAAUAAUUCUUUGGAUUUGUUAGAUAGUGUUUUAAGGAAAGCAGGAGCUGCAUAUGAUGCCAUGGCUAAAACAUAUGAAUGAUGUUGUAAUAUUUCAGAAAUUGGCAUCUAAAGUAAAAGUUAUUCGUUCUAUUUCUUACAUAUUCAACUAAUUUUAUUUGAAGGAAAUAAAC